CAUAUUCUCUCUUUGCCCCAGAAAAGAAACAUGAGAGAACAGGAAAAAUGAAAAUAAAAUCUGGUAGCAAGGGAGGCUUAGCUGAAAACUCAUCAUGGUUUCAGUAUCUCAACUGGUAAGCUCAUCAACCCUUCAAUCCUUUCUUUGACAACAUGGGAUUAUUAUUUUUUUCAUUGUCUACAGAGAGGGUCUGAAGAUCAUAUCCGUGCUUUCUUUUAUUUUGUAUAGAGGAGAUAGGUCGGUCAUGCUUAUUGAAGAACAACAGUAGAGAGGAGAAGCAUAAUUCAGGAGAAGCUGAGAUGGGGUUGCCUUAGAUCCAGGAGAACCUAAGUUUUACGUGGAAAAGGUCUUACCUUUAUAAGAUUUUUCUUGUGAUUAUUUGGAGAGGUGGUUUUCCCCUUUAUUGGCUGUUUAAUUCCCAUCACCACUAAUCUUGCUUUCUGUUUCUUGGGUUUGAGUGUGAAGUCUUGAUCUUGAUUUUUAGGUUGGUGGAGAUAGGAUUUUGUUAUCGAGGUAAAAGAAAAAAAUGAAGAAUUUGAUUAGCUAUGGAGUUGUAGGAUAACUGGAGUAAGAAUUAGAGAGUCAGAUCCAUUAUUUCUCACCAGAUCUGAUCUGCUUAGGUUCCUUGAUUUGAUUUCUGCGUAUCUUUUUUUGUGGAAAAAAGAUUGAUGGGUCAUUGUGAUUUCAUUUGAUGGAACAAGUUUUGUUAGAAUUUCCAAGCUUUAUCGGAUGUUCAGAGGUGGAAGGAGAUGAAGAGGAUGAGAAUCGGUAGAUUGAGUGAGAAUUAGGUGUAUUCUUUGUGUUUAACUUCUAAUUAAACAUAUAGACAGAGGACUUGAUGGAAGAGAUGUCUCCAGCACUCGCAAUGACGCUUAGUUUAGGCAAUUCAAUGUGCGAUAACGCAGGGAUUGCAACCCAUGUAGAAAUUACACGGAUAAAGCUUGUAACAGGGACUGCAUGCUUGCUGUCCGAUUCUGGAAAGGUGGUCUCCGAGGAGUCUCUUUCUGGGGGAGCUGAAAGUUGCAGUCAUGCUAAGAAUGAGCUGAACUUGACCACCAUGACAACACCAGAUGAUGGUGGCGAUGGAGAAACUGUUUUGCUGAAUAUGUUGCAUGAGAAUGAAAAUGGUUCCAUAACUAGUGAUGCGGUGAUCCAGGAAACUGAGGAAGAUGAAGUUUUGUCAGUCGUGGAAGACAGUAAUGGAAUUAUCCCUAAGGGGAUAUUGGUAUUGAAUGCAGCAUCUGAAAUAAGCUUACCAAAGUCUGUUAAAAUGGAAAAUACCAAAAUUAUUGCUAAGGCUAUUAUUGUGGAGUCAACAAAUGAGGUGCAGGUGCCUACGGCAAAACUCCUUAUUGGAGCAGUCAGCCCAAAUGCAGAAAUCUCUGAUGGAUCUGACAUAAAGGCAUCGGCAGUGCUUCUUAAGUUGCCUAGUGAGAAGAAUCUCAUUGGAGGACCUACUCGGAGUGUUUUUGAGCUUGAUUGCGUUCCUCUUUGGGGUUCUGUAUCUAUAUGUGGUAGAAGAUCAGAAAUGGAAGAUGCUGUUGCAGCUGUUCCUCGAUUUGCAAAAGUUCCUAUCAAGAUGCUCAUUGGUGAUCGUGUUGUUGAUGGCAUCAGCGAGAGUUUGACACACCUAACUAGUCAUUUUUAUGGUGUUUAUGAUGGCCAUGGGGGCGCACAGGUUGCUAACUAUUGUCGUGACCGAAUCCAUUUGGCCUUGGCUGAAGAGUUUGGAAACAUUAAAAACAAUUCAAAUGAUGGGAUUAUCUGGGGAGAUCAGCUGCUGCAAUGGGAGAAAGUUUUCAGUAGCUGCUUUCUUAAGGUUGAUGAUGAGAUUGGAGGAAAGAGCAUUAGAGGCAUCAUUGAAGGUGAUGGAAAUGCUUCUAUUUCCAGUUCUGAGCCCAUAGCGCCAGAAACAGUUGGAUCUACAGCUGUAGUUGCCUUGGUCUGCUCAUCCCACAUCAUAGUUGCAAACUGUGGAGAUUCAAGGGCAGUACUUUGUCGUGGAAAAGAACCAAUGGCAUUAUCAGUGGAUCACAAACCAAACAGAGAAGAUGAAUAUGCCAGGAUUGAGGCAUCUGGAGGCAAGGUGAUACAGUGGAAUGGACAUCGUGUCUUUGGUGUUCUUGCAAUGUCGAGGUCAAUUGGUGAUAGAUAUUUAAAACCAUGGAUAAUUCCCGAUCCAGAAGUCAUGUUUCUUCCUCGUGCAAAAGAUGAUGAAUGCCUCAUUUUAGCGAGUGAUGGGUUAUGGGAUGUUAUUACAAAUGAGGAAGCCUGUGAAGUGGCUCGAAGGCGGAUUCUGCUAUGGCACAAAAAGAAUGGGGUUGCUUCUCUUCUUGAAAGGGGCAAGGUUAUAGAUCCCGCAGCCCAAGCAGCAGCUGAUUACCUUUCGAUGCUUGCUCUCCAGAAGGGAAGCAAGGAUAAUAUCUCUGUGAUUGUGGUGGACUUGAAAGGUCAAAGGAAGUUCAAGAGCAAAUCUUAAGCAAGGUUCUCUCCGUCCUCUAGUUCAGGUCUGCAUACCUAUAUAUUAGAAACUUACAUCUUUAAAUAAUACAUAGUUUGGUCCAUUCCUUUUUUUCGUGGGCUUAAUGUGUGUACAAGGAUAGAAACUAGUGUGUACUAAAUAGCUAUAGUUUAUCUGAACUCCACUCCGUAUUUCCUGUGUUUUUGACACGCACUGUGCUAAGGUUAUGGUUAUGUAAAUUUUAGCUGUUGCUCAAGCUGAGUAUGGAGUUCCAGUUUUAGAUUUAUU